AUGGAUACAAAUUCCAAUCUAGACACCUUGAAAAAGGUGAACUCUCAGCGUCUUCCCCCUCCUGCUCUUUUCCAGGGCCCGCCAUCACAUAAUGCAUCGAACCUCUCUCUUCAACCGCCCAUACCUACGGUUGUGACUCCGGGAAUUAGCCAGCCUGCUCCGUCGGUUCCCCUUCUACACCGCAGACGCUCCUCGCCCAAACCCCUGGACACAUCAGGUCUCUCGCCGUUUCUGUCCCGCACCCAGUCGCGGGGUGAGGUAGAUGGCUCGGAUGCUUUGUGGGAGGAGAUGCAAAGUGCUCUUUCCGAUGUGGAAGUCAGCGCAGCUGCUCGCGGACACGUCUUUGGAGAAAAACACUCCGAAGCAUUGGAAGACCUCCGGAUGAAGCAUCUUCGUCUUGCACAGGCCUGGGCGCGGGGUGAAGCUGAUGAUGAGGGCUCUGAAUCGAGAACGGCUACGAAGAGACCUUCGACACCAAAGAAAGAGCCGCGGGCGACGGGUGAUACAUCCGGAGAAGCUGAAGACUCGGCUCGCAAUCUAGAUGAGGAAACGGAAAAGGACAUUCAGCUUGCGCGGGAGAGGCGCGAGGCUAAUGAUCGGUAUUUUGAUCGAGUCAAUAAUAGCGUAUUGGAUGUGGUGGCCAAGUUGGAGGAUAUUGCGCAAGCUAUGCGGACUAUGGAGGCCGAGAGCAAGGAUAUCUGGAGUGAGGAUGACAGUCUGAGCACCGCUACUCAGUCUACUGUGAAUACAGCAGGCUGA